AUGCCUCUUCAAACUCACUUUACCCUCAAUACUGGGGCAAAGAUCCCAGCUGUCGGCUUCGGAACAUGGCAGGCUCCCCCUGGCCAGGUUGAGAAAGCCGUCGAGAUUGCUCUCCGCAGCGGCUAUCGCCACAUUGAUUGCGCUUCGAUUUAUCGAAACGAAGUUGAAGUCGGCGAUGGUAUCCGGAAAAGCAGUGUUCCCCGUUCAGACAUCUUCAUCACUGGCAAACUGUGGAACACCAAGCAUGCUCCUGAGGAUGUGGAAAAGGGUCUUGACAAGACACUAAAGGAUCUUGGUACCGACUACCUAGAUCUAUUCCUCAUGCACUGGCCUGUUGCGUUUAAAUCCGGCGAUGACUGGUUCCCUAUCGACUCAGAUGGUGUCUUUCAGUUGGCCGAUAUUGAUCCUGCUGUCACCUAUGCAGCCAUGGAGAAGCUCCUCGAAACUGGCAAGGUCCGCGCCAUUGGCGUGUCAAACUUCACAAAGGACCGCCUAGACAAGCUUCUGUCCAAGACUACAACGGUGCCUGCAGUCAAUCAAAUCGAGGCCCAUCCUUACCUUCAGCAACCUGAGCUCUUUGACUACUGCAAGUCCAAGGGUAUCCAAAUCGCUGCUUACUCCCCCCUUGGAAACAACCAAACCGGUGAGCCUCGAACGGUUGACGACCCUCUUGUCGCUGAGCUCGGUAAGAAGCUGGGAUUGGAUAUCGGCCAAGUCUUGUACUCGUGGGGUGUCCAGCGAGGGUCUGUUGUAUUGCCGAAGAGUGUCACUCCUAGCCGCAUCGAGUCCAACCUCCAAGUUGCCGAGCUGCCUCAAGAUGCCUUCAAGCAGCUGAAUGAUCUUGAGAGGAACAAGCGAUACAACUGGCAGACGAGAUGGGGUUAUGAUAUUUUCCAAGAGCUAGGAGAAGAGGAAGUUAAAAAGGUGGCAAGGGAAACAGGCCCUGAGAACUUAGAAAAGUUUGGAAAGAAAUAG